CAUAUUGGUCUGUGACCCCCUCCAUCACUAUUAACCUCCAGAGUGACUAGCUGACCCCUCUUGUAUUCCCAUGGAAGCAGCUGUGUAUAUUGACUAUUAGGAGCACAUCCAGACACGUUUGAGGAGGGGGAUGGCUCUUCAUAUCCAUGAAGCCUGCAUACUUCUGUUGGUCCUCCCUGGAUUGGUUACUUCUGCUGCCAUCAGUCAUGAAGAUUACCCUGCCGAUGAAGGCGACCAGACUUCCAGCAAUGAUAAUCUGAUCUUUGAUGACUAUCGAGGGAAAGGGUGUGUGGAUGACAGCGGUUUUGUAUACAAGUUGGGAGAACGAUUUUUCCCGGGACAUUCCAACUGUCCAUGCAUCUGUGCUUUGGAUGGACCUGUUUGUGACCAGCCAGAAUGUCCUAAAAUUCACCCAAAGUGUACUAAAGUGGAACACAAUGGAUGCUGUCCUGAGUGCAAAGAAGUGAAAAACUUUUGUGAAUAUCAUGGGAAAAAUUACAAAAUCUUGGAGGAAUUUAAGCCCUCUCCAUGUGAAUGGUGUCGCUGUGAGCCCAGCAAUGAAGUUCACUGUGUUGUCGCUGACUGCGCAGUUCCUGAGUGUGUCAACCCAGUCUAUGAACCAGAGCAAUGUUGUCCUGUCUGCAAAAAUGGUCCAAACUGCUUUGCAGGAACGACAAUAAUUCCAGCUGGCAUUGAAGUGAAAGUGGAUGAAUGUAACAUCUGUCACUGUCACAACGGGGACUGGUGGAAGCCUGCUCAGUGUUCAAAACGUGAAUGCCAAGGCAAGCAGACUGUCUAGAACAAAUUUCCAACCAAUGACUUUUUCUUAGGAGAGAAUGUGAUGGCUUCUACACUGCACAUGUUUAAAACAAAACAAAACAAACAAACAAACUCCUGCCAGCCACAACAGGG